AUGGCAAGCAAGGAUAUUAUAAAUGACAAAUUUCACUUCAGGCACGACCCAAGCUGGAGUGGGCGCCUGGGGCCUGCAAAAGGAGGGGGGCUGCAUCUCUGCAUUGCUUGUGUGAUUGAAAUGUUGGAAAGUGACGAUAUUUCAGUGGUUAGGAAGUCUCAUGCUUUGUCUGCUGUCUGUGGAUUUCUGAAGUGUUUUCCUGGAGCUUUGAGAGAGAUGCUCCAAAAUGACCACCAAGUCUCCAUGCAUUUUAUAAGUUCUCUGAUGGGGAUGCUUCACAUUCUGGUGGACCCAGCCACUCUGGAAAAAGUGGAUCAAGUUCUAGUUCUGUUGCUUUUGGAGCUCAGGAGUGAGAUGCCACUACUUUAUGUAUUGGAUCAAAUCAACAAACAGAUGAUCGACCAGCUCAAUGUGAAGAGUUUUUUGCCAACGUUCAACUUCUUAGGGAGUUUGGUGGAAGCAAUUCCCAGUGUGGCCCUUACCUUGGUGACCCAUUUUGUGCCCUUGCUUGAUCGCCUCUGCUCGGUUUUGCUGUAUCCGGAUGAAGAAGUGAAGGCUUCAGUUGUCUAUAUGUGGCUCAAGUUGCUGGGAACCACUGGGGGCUCAGCAGCUCAGUCCCUGCCAGUCACUGUUCGAGACAGAGUCUGUACCCUGUUGAUACAGACCUUUGCCAAUGCCAGUCACCCCCAACUCAUCAACAAUUGUAUUGCUCUUCUUUGGCUUCUAGUGCAGUGGGGAGAGGCAGUGUCAGUUCUUAUGAGCAAUGCUGCUGAUCAGUUAAUGUGCAGCCAGGAUCAGAACAUUCACAUUUCAACCAGUCAGAACUCCAGCCAAAACCAAGAGGAACAGAUUCCUGAUCACUGCCAUCUCCCGCUCAUCCUGAAAAAGUUACUGUUGAGUGGAGAUGAUACAUUGCAGGUGACCAGUGCAAAGUGUAUUGCAUCAAUUCUCAUUCAUUCUCCAAUUCAAUACAGUGCUCCUUUCAUCAAAGCUGGCAUUCCAGAGUUUCUCUUUGAUCGGCUAGCUAAUACAAGCAGUGAAGUGCUGCUGUGGUCUGUCUACAGCUGUUUGGUGUUACUGAUUGAAGACCCAAUUUUCAGUUCUCAGUGUCACUCAGUUUACGGUAUUGAAUCCCUGGUGAGCAGUCUGAAACGGGCAGAGCAGCUAACCAACGUGGAUGUGCUGAAGCAAGGGCUUUUGCUACUCACUAAGAUACUGGAAAGGGAGUCGACAAACGUGCGCCUAUUUCUUAGUCCUCCAGCAUUUGUAGCAGUUUCUCAAGCCGUUAUUUGUGGGCUUUCUUCUCCCUGCCUACAAGUGGCAACACAAGGUUCCAGUGCUGCUGCCGGCCUCUUCAGAUUGAACCACCAGUCUCGACCAGUCCAAUACCAGGAUUUACAAGGACUACUUAGGGCCAUCACAAGAAGAUUCUCUGAGCUUCAAAUACCCAGAUCGAAUAGCCUGCAAAGCAGAGUGAGUCUGGAAAAGUCACAGCACAGUAGUCUGUUCUCUUUGUCAGAAGGAUUUCUGCUCCAAUCACUGCUCUGUUUUCAAGCUGCUUGCAGAUUGGCUGUGGAGUGUGCAUCAGAUCCUGUUCUGAAGGAGAACACAUUCACAGCUCCGACAAAGAAGAGCAAUGGCCCUGACUCACUGGAGUCUCUGUGCCAGUGCAUGCUGCAGUGUUGUGACUCUGUCUGGAUACCCACCGUUGUUAGGAUGUGUGAAUGUGCACCGAAUCCUCAGAUAUUACAAGUCUUCUACUCAAUCUUGUCCUCCCAAUUCACCCUGCUUCCAUCUGUAACUACGGCCUUUGCAAAUAAGAUGGCAUCAUCUGGUUUCUAUAAACUGGCAUUGGAGCACAAAGGGAUUUUCUGUGUGGGAAACAGAAAUACCCCUUUAAAUGCAGCUUGCUGUGAUUUUCUACAGAAACUCAGUAUGUGUCUGUUCCGCCAGUCAUUUUCUGCUCCUGGCAUCUACCAGCAGGAUGCAGAAGAAAUAGAAAACCUCCUGCAGUACAGUCUUUCCUCUCUUUGCUGUCGGCUCUCAGAUUGGCCGACUCUGCUGUGUGAGUCCCCAGGGCUCCAACUGUGUGAUUAUAAAGGCCCAAGAGCCACUCAAUACUGUCUAGUAAUAAUACUACACCUCGCCUUGCAGCAAGGAGACAGGCUCCUUCCAGACCAGACAGUGUUUUCCAGUGUAGUUUGGUUCUUGCGUUCAGUGCAAGAGGAAGGUAGCUGCACCCUCCCUACUUUUGUCCUACGAUCAUCUCUUUACCUGCUGGCGGUAACACAGGAUAAGAGCCCUGCUCUUGAAGGGGCUAGUUUGGACUGCAUUGACAAGGCACUCUCUUCCAGUCAAAGUUUCUCAUCGCUCUACAUUCACCAUUCUGCCCUCCUCCACUUUAUUUGUGGCAAUCUGCUGUUGAAAGAAAAAUUUGGGGCCCUGGUCUUGGAACUUUGGCUGAACAAACAAGCACAGUCCACAGAUGCAGAUGUGACCAUGGUGAAAAGCCACCAGUUUAUUUCCAUCAUAACUAUGAUUAUUAUUUUUUUUAAUGAUUUAACAGAAAGACAUGUUAAUGAGAAGAGGUGUGCCGAGGACGGGCGAGAACAGGAGCACAGCGCAGAAAUUGUGGAACUCCUAUCUCUGUUAAAGAAGUACCCGUCUGUCAUCAUGAUCCUCCUGGACAUAGUUUGCAACAAGGAGGCCUCACUUGCAGAGCGAGCACUGGCAAUUCUCACAACUCUCUUAGAUGGUCAAAGUAACUUUGAGGAAGACCUGUGUACCAGCCUGAAACCUGCACUACUCCAGGCGCUGCAGAAACUCAGUGUUGAAAGGAUGGGCUUUGUGUAUGGACAGAAACAUGUUGAAGAAGCGGUUAAUUCGCUCCCUCUAGUGCUCAGGCUCCUUUGUGUAACCCAUGCCGCCAGCAAUCCACCUUCCACACCCUGCAGCAACAUGGAUGAAGUGCACUUCAAGCUGCUGUACCAAGUGAGUAAUAUUGCAGGCCGGCUGAAUCAGUCUGAUACAGAGAGUCUGCUGCCUGCCCUGAGUUACCUGUACUGCUAUCUGAGUCGCUCUCCUUCUCACUGCACUGACCGAGCUGUCCCCAUGCUACUCUCCAACUGCGGACUGAUGAACCAGCUUCAGACGAUCCUUUCCUCGUCUUCAUCCUCUGCACCAUUCGUCCUCUCUUCAGAUGCUUCUUCCUCUUCCCUGCUGUGCUGCAGUCAUCUACUCCUGUCCUCCCUCAUUACUUUGCAACAUGAGCUCUCCAUCCAGGUCCACAAAAUCCUCAGUUGGAGCUUGGAAACCGCUGUGCAGCGAAUGGUUAUUCAGAAAAGAAAUACAGACACUAUCUUGCUAGUCAGCUACUUGAGGUUGCUGCAGGCCUUACUCAGUGUUGACUUGAACUCUGCAUUGGUAUGUGUUACCACUGGACCUGGCUUGGUUGGCCAAACACCUCUGGAAGUUGAAGAUGGUGCAUUAUUCCCUCUCGGCUCCAAAGGGGCUCAGUGCCUCUUAAUUGCUCUCAGUGGACUUAUUUUACAGAAGAAUGAGCUACUGUUAAGAGCCUCAGUCAACUGCCUAAGUUCCGUGCUGGGAUUCCUUCAGAGGAAAUAUCCUCAGACAGCCAAUUAUGUGGUUUCUCAGCCAUGGAGUCGAUUCCUCCUCUAUUCCCUGCAUUGCUCAGGAAAGAGCUUCCUCCUGCACCCAGCCAUUCUCAGGGUUAUCACACUUUUCAUGCGGCAUGGCAGUCAGGUGGUUCUGUGGGAGCAUCACUUACUCCAAGUGAUGGAUGCAGUAGAGAAGAAUGGUGUUAAGAAACUCAGUCAGGAAGCUUCACAAGCCCUCAGGCUACUACUUACACAGAUGCAGAGUUGUGUCUUUCAGCCUCCACCCACUGAGGAACACAAGCAGAGAGUGAAGAGGGUGAUGGAGUCCCUGGACACACUGCCGCCUUUUGAGAGCUUGCCCUGCGAUAUCCUGAGGAAGCCUCUUCUGAGGACCGUACACAAGAAAGUUCGCAAACAGUUUGCUAAGAUGAGAAUAGACAUGACAAAGGAGACGGGGAAAAAAGCAGAAGCUUAUCGGGACCCGUCCCCCAGCCACCAAGGUCGCACAAUCAGCAUGCUCUGGAUCAGUCCAAUGACAGUCUAA